AUGGGGCCCACCUGGUGGAAGUGCCAGAACUUGGGGGCCCUCCCAGGGGGGCCCCCUAAACCCGAGGGGCCCCCACCCGGGGCCCCUUGGGGUAGCAUGUUUGGCGAUUCUUUCGCUGGUUUUCGUGAUUUAUUUGCUCGUACAGAUUCAUAUUUUAGUCAAGUUGGUUUGCUGCCUCUGCUGCUGCCUCUGCCGCUGCAAGGAGAAUGCGGGGCCCUUAAGAGGGGCCUCCUCCGUAGUUUUAUUCUUUCUUCUUCUCAUAUUCACUCUUCUCUCCUUGCUGCCCUCACCCGUUCUUCUUCUACCUUUCACAAUACCCCAACGGGCACACCUAGGGGGGCCCCUUCUCCAUCGACAGACUCUCCCCCAGGGGCCCGUUCCCCAGGGUGGACCUCAGGGGGAGUUCAAGGAGGUGCCACAGAGGUCCCCUUACGGCUCCCCUUAAGAAGCCCUUAUGCGACACCCCAUGUGGGGCUCUCUGGGGGUCCUCUAGUAGGGGAAACCACAGGGGGCCCCUCUGGGGGGCCCCAUGGAGGCCCCGCGAGGAGUAGUGUGUUGUGCGGGGAUGACGCUGUUGCUGCUGCUUUAUUGCCUGCAUGCAUGUUGAGGGAGAAGCUAAAGAUACUCGCUAGGGAAUUGGGAGUAAAGUUAGAAAAGAAGAAAAGAGGAGAAGAAGGAGAAGAAAAAGAAGAAAAAGAAGAAGAAAAACCUCUGCUUAGUGAUGAGGAAUUAGGGAUGCCUGCCCUAAGAAGAGUAUUGGAGUGUAUAGAGAGCAGCAACACAGAAGGCGUGCUGCUGCUGCUAUGCGAGCGUCGCUCCUCUUCUUUUCCUUUGGGGCCCUUUUGUUCUUCCUUGGAUACAAUACUAAAUGCUAGCAGCAGCCAAUUAAGAGAGAGGCAGCUGGUGCAGCAGCAGGAACUGCAGCAGCAACCCCGUAUUGAGGACCUUGGAUUAGGUGUUGUUGCAGGAGGAAUUGCAUUAAUGAGCCUAAAAGGACAAAGAGAAAUUCUCUCCCUUUUCUGUAUUGAACAACUCCCUGAUGAUGCUAGACACCAGCUCCUACGAGUUCUUGCUGUCCGUCUAUUAGCGUUGGGGUUACUAUGGCCAAGUGUAUUUUGUAGCUCAGGGAGAGGAGAAGAAGAUUUUAUUCGUAUAUCUGAUGCUUUUUUAUUACAUUUCCCUCGUCCUGCAUGCGAAUUCUUUUGUCUUUCCUCUGGUCUUCAGCUGUCUAGGCAUGUAGAGGAGGCUAUACACCCUAAUUCGUCACCCCAUACAGACCAAUGCACAGGCUGUAUAUGCAUUAAGAGACUUCAACGCAAAAUUAAUAGUUAUAAAAAGCUCCAACACCAUAAGCCCCAAGCCACACCUACACCCGCCUCCUUAGGGGGGACCUCCCCACAGCAAGAAGGGGCAGGACCCCAACAGCAAGAAGGAAGGCGAGGAAGCCAACAGCCGGAAGGAGGGGGCACGCAGCAUCAGCCUGAAGGGGGCCCCCAACCUGAUGGUAGGGCCUCCAACAAUACUGGAGCAGCGCAGGAGCACGGAGGGGCCCAAAUGCCCAUUCCUUCAAAUGCCUCCCGGGAGGGGAGCCAAGGUGGGGCACAAGCGGGUUCUCCGAGUGGGCCACAACGACCGGAAGGGGGUGGUCGCCCUGGUAGCCCCCAGGGGGGCCCCCAAGGGGAGGGUACGCAACGCGGGAGGGAGGGGGGAAAGGGGGUAAUGGAAGAAGAAUGGGUGGAAUUUUGGGCAAUAAGCAAAAGGAGGUUUUUUAACAUUUGGAGACAAAGAGCAGAUCAACUUGUACCCGAAACACCCGCUGCCUCCUUAAUGGAAGCUCUAGAUGGACCCUUGAGGUUCCCCUCUUCUGUUACUGCAAACACCCCAGCGCCAACCCCGUCGCCUAUCAGGAAACGAGGAGGAGGCCCCCGCAGCAAACGCGCCAGAGGAGGGGGGACCCCCAGCAGCAACGCUGCAGCAACAGAAGACAGAAACAAGGAAGCAGCAAAGGGGCGAAGGGCAAGGCUUACCAAGAACUCAGCACAAACGUCCGAUUCAACCCAGGCUCCUGCUGCUCCUACUGCUACUGCUUGUGCGUCUGACAGCGACACGCGCUGUGUGGACGUUUCGAGACCCCAUAACGGUCCCUUAUUCUGUGCUUCGGCGGGGCCCCCACCAGCAUUCGUAGGUGUCCCCGCCCCUUCGAGAACAUCCACCCCCCCACCUGCAGCUGCUUCGGCGGCGGCUACCCCCCUUCUUUCCGUUAAAGAGGAAGCCUAA